AUGUUCUUCAUCAGUUAUGGUGGUCCGUUCGGAUACCCGCAUACGACGUGUAGCAGCGUGCGCGAAGUGGAGAUGGCGGACUUUGCUGAUUUCGAGAUGGGCAAUGCGGAGUGCUUGCAAGGUCAAGGUCAACUGCAAACGCUCUCCUUACCGCUAAGCCUCUCGAUACCCUCGCUUUCUGGGCUACUGCCUCUGUUCGAAAUGGUGUCAUGGACAGCACUGGGAAAUGUAAAUACAUGUGCCAUACAAAUUAGACCUAUUGAGAGUGAUGUCAAGCAUGGAAUGGACAAGGGUGGUGGUGGUGGUGGUGGCAGUGGUGAGACGAAGAGUGAGAGUCUGAGACGCGUUGCAAAAUGUUAA